AUGGGAGCAAUUUGUGAGGGAAGCUCGGAUAAAUGGGAAAUGGCGAGUGAAGAGCGCCACGACAGAGUAGCCCAUGCCGCUGUAAGCAACGCACUCAUUAAAGCGACAGGGUCUCAACGCGAAGAUGCAAGUUUCCCUGAACCACCGCUGCCAGUCGACGACAACAUAUCGACUGCGGAUGAGAUUUGUGUCUCUGAGCUUCAAUUGGAUGAUGAUGUCUUGAGUUGGUGUCGGAUUGUUCUUGGUCUGAUCCCACUGGACUUGCCUUCCGCUAUGAGUAUUGCUUUAACUUUCGGUCUGGCAGUGGUGUCAUUGGCUUUUAUCGGCGCUUUUCUAGGUCAUAAUUCCCUCUCUGGUGCUUCUGUGGGACAUUUCAUUGGUUCAAUUUUUGCCCAAUAUCAGCUUUGUGAAUUGACGUUUGCAAUGGACGCACUUUGUUCACAGGCUUACGGUAGGGAUCCAUGCAGUGAUGAACCGGUAUUAUCCUUCAAAAAGGCGUUGCUGUUGGUAUUUUAUUCGUGA